UAGAUCUUGGGCAUUAAAGAGUGCUGCUUCCACUGUGGCACCCGAGUCCUUGUAACUGGACGGGGAGAUAUAGACGUGGAAUAACCGGGCCUAUUCGGCAAUUUAAUUCAUAUUUAACAGCUCACCUUUAGAAUGAAAGAUAAUAUGUGACGGCUGUCGUAUCUGAAGAUUUGGGACAAGGAAUACACGAAUAAAACAAUUCAUUUCUGUAUAAUGAAUGUGACUUCAACCUUCAACCAUGACGUAUUAGAUAUACAAGACUUUAACUUCAUUCUGGACACGGACGUUUUCAUUCUGUGCUGUGACGUAGUGAUCUUGCUUGCCGCCGCCUUUGGGAUCGUCGGGAACACGCUCAUAUGUGUUUGUAUUAUAAAAUCUCGUUCGCUGCGAACCCACAUAAACGCUAGCUUAAUGAGCACUUUGAUUGGUAACCUGGUCGCGUGUGUCACUCUACUUCCGCUCCGUGUGUAUCUUUUCACGGCUUCGAAAACGGAUGAAGAAAGCUGGGAUUCGUUAUGUAGGGCGGUUGUGUUUUUCAGGACAUUUAACGACACGCUUCAACUCUUCAUGCUCAUCACAGUUAGUUACGAGAGAUACCAGUCCGUAACUAACCCGUUCAAGAAAAAUGGCCGCGCGAAGAGGACCGCGGUCUUAAUUGGUCUGUCUUGGACGGCAUCGAGUGGAUUAAGCUUCCUAUCGGCAUUUCUCUUCGUGGAUUCCUCCCUCGUCGACAAGUGUCUACCAAACACGCUGACUUCUCGUUUGUCCUGGGGAACGCAUGAUUUAUAUUUGAUUUUCCCGUUUGGUAUCGGAACAUUAUUUAUCAUUAUUGUGUUUUAUAGUUUAAUUAUGUUGACUCUUUUGAAGCAUAGAAAGAAAUUGCACAGCCAUACAACUCGUCGUAAAAAUCGAGUGGUGCCUCAAAAGAAAAAUGAGGACUUCAAGGGUGUUGACAAAUCAUCGAGUAAUUCAGAUAUUUCAGCCAUCAAGCUCAGAACUCCACAACACUUCAACAUCAGCAUGGAAAAAACCAGCAAAUACUCCGAUUUUAAUUUAGAUGUGGAAAAUAGGAUAAACAAUACCGAAAGUAUACAAGGCAUUCAAAAGAAUAAUAAAGUUUCAACCAACGGUGACCCAAAACAGCUAAAUAAAACGAAUUUAAGCAUAAACAGUAAUGAUAAAUCAUCGGAUAAACAAACGGAACAGUUGUCUGUAAGUAAGGAAAAUGUUCAAAACUUACAACAAGGGAUGUCUGAAUGUGACAACAAAGGAAUCGAAGAACCCUUGAAAAAAGCAGACAACUCUGUGGUAGAAAAUAUUAAAAAUGAAUUCACACUUUCAAAUGACCAGGCGUCUAAAAUGUCCGACGAUAAAGCGCAAGACAAUCUAAAAACUGAGCUCAGUUUAAAAGCAGAAUCCCUGAAUGAUGCAGUGUCAACAAUCAGUCAACAGAAACCUGUUGAUUGCGUGAAUACUGAUUGCGUCAUUCGUAUUUACGACAUCAACGGUGUAGUGAACCGUGUUUCGACCAAAGACACGACCUACUCGGGAUCUGUGUGUGUAAUGAACUCUCAGAGCAGAGAGCUCGGCAAACGGAAAGUAGAAGCACGUGCUGCUAAACGUAUCGCCAUCAUGAUCGGCGUAUUCACCUGUCUCUGGAUACCACUUCCGUUGACUGUUCUGUUAACGAGAGACAGCGAGUUUACCAUUUUGCAGGCUCAUGCGUUAAUUGUGACAGCGACUUUGGGGAUGUGUUCAGUGGUAAUAAACCCACUGUUACACAGCGCCCUUAAUAGACAACUUCACGCGUCAUUGAAAAACAUGGUCAGCAUCAGGAAGUGUGGAUGUUGUUAACGUCACGACGCCCCAUAGUCGGAAACUAACGAUAUCGAUUUAGAAAUUAGAAGAACGAAUUACCUCAUGUUUAAAGAGAAAUAAAGUAGGAGAAAUGAGCCUUUUGUUUGGUUUUGAAAUACUUCAAUUUCUGCUGACAGUUUGCGACCGUCAAAAGUUUCAUUUUCAUUGAUUCAAAAUUGUAUUGGCCUUGACUGUAAUGGUUUAAGAAAUAUUAGAAUGGUAUGGUUAAAUUGUAAUUUUUACACGCACAAUUUAUUUUAUGUUCUAAUGAAAAUAACCAAUCAUUCGUUAGGUACUUUAAAUUUACAGACAAGGAAACGUUAAAACAUUUAAAGUAGGUCUGACAUUACAGACACAGCUAAAACCACAUCUUGCUUGAUAUGAAUAGAUGGUAUUUGAUUCAAUAUUUCUAUAUCACAAAUUAAUCAGUUUGGAAAAUAAAAAAUACUAUAUAAAGCUGUUUUGAUUUCUCUGAAUGGACAUUGUAAUAAAAUGUCAUCCGGAAAUAUUUACAGUAAUUGGUAAAAAAAAAAAGUGUUAUUGUCUUUCAUUCAAGUAUCGCUUUGAAUGACAGAUUUUAUCAUUUGGUUAUUUUAGAUAAUAACAGUUGACUUUAAUUUUUUUCUAAAUUUGUGUUAAUCACCCAAGAGUUUCAAAUAUAUGUGUUUUUAUUGUAGCAUUUUCUUUAAAGUUAUGAUUAUCCUAUAGCUCUUAAUAUCCGACUAUUAUAUAAGACAUUUUUUGUGUAAUAAAACUUUGAAAUUGGUUAUCUAGAAGCAUUUUUGGAGGACACAAGUUGAUUCAUAGUAAAAAUAUAAUGCAAGUGUGUUCUAGUGAUGAAACAAAGCGGAAACUGACAAUUCUAUAAUCUUUACAAAUAA